UGACCAAAAAAGACACAAAUUGACCACAAAAUGAUCAAAAAAAGACAAAAUGAUCAAAAAACACACAAAAUGACCAAAAAAAGACAUUAAGUGACCAAAAAGACUAAAACACAUUAACACAUGAACACUUUAACACAGUGGAGACAGAGCUGACUUCCAAAAUGAUUUGGCGACCCCCAGAAAUCAUCUCGCGACCCCAAUUGGGGUCCCGACCCCAAGGUUGAGAAUAGCUGGUCUAGAUUCAUUAAGUAAACACUCGUAUGACAUGCAUUCAAGUAUAUUAAUGUAUUUAGAUGAAUUUUUCAUUAAAUGACAGUUGUUUUAAGAUAAGUAAUGCUACCUAGGACAGUUGCACCGAUGGACAAAUGUCAUGUUCAAAACAGAAUAUUUGCAUAGUUGAAGAACGAUACUCAUUGUUUGCAGAUGGAUUAGAUGUAGAAGAAUGAACUGCAUAUUAAAACAAUUUUAAUGAAAUAUUAUCAAAUUUUAGUAAUAUUUGUCACUGGGAACACAAAAAUUGAGCGUCACGUCAACCACCCCUGUAUCUUUUCAUGUAUGCCUUUCUUUGACUUGUCUUUGGGCUGAUUCUCUGUCUCUUCUCUGUUACUCUCAGUGGUUGUGAUCCAGCAGGUCUGAGUCAGCACCUUGGCCCGGUUCUACUGGUCCAACUGGUCCUGGGCUGGUGUCAGUGAUGGCGGACCAUCUGCCUCCUGCUCUGCUGGAAGCCUGUGUGGUUGUAGGAGCAUCUAGCGACAAACUCAGGGAGCUCUACCAGGCUAUUAACAAUAAUGCAACUCCAGAGCACCUCCUGCUGGAGCCGGAGGUUCUGCACCUCCUGGCGCCUCCCUUUGUCAGCAGACCACAAGCUGAGACUGAAGCAGCGAGGCCACACGGGAAGAGGAGGCGCUCCUUUCUCCGGAGGAAAAGGGAACAACCUGCUUCAUCAGCAGCAUCUCCCAGCCAAGCAGGAGGAAGAGGAGGUGGUGAAGAUGUUAAUGUUCCUCAAGACAUCGACCUCAUGGCUUUACCUCAACUCUGCUUCCCAGGUGGGCUCCAAAUAACCAGUAAACAGAAAGAAGAACAAUUCCACUUCCUGGUUUUCACUGAUGUCUUUGGCAACAAGACCCAUGGAGUAGUAAUGCAAUGUUACCGACCCAUACUGGAAGCGACAUCUGUCCUCCAGAAUGGAGCUGGGUCCUCAAAGAUGUCUCAGCUGUUCUCUGCCUACAGUUUCUGUGUCAUUUCUAAGUAUCCUUACUUCACUGCACUCAAGGACUGUCUGUCAUGUCUGUUGAUCCAGCUGAGGACAUGUUGUUUAUCGGACAUGGAGGGGACAGUGAAGGAGUUUGCAGCCAAACUGGCUCUAGUGCCUAUUCCCCCUCCUGGACAACUACAUGUGAUGUUUAACUUGCGUCCUCUGACCAUCGUAUUACCAUCCAGAGAAGACAAAGACCACCCAGCUGUAGAUUUAGACCUCCAUCUGCCUUUCUUCUCCUUCAGGCCUCAACAGCUACUACAGGUGUUAACUUGUCUCCUGCAGGAGCAGCGGGUGGUGUUAUUUUCUGCUGAUUGGGCCAGACUCACUCUGAUGGCAGAGAGCUUCUUGAUUUUUCUGCAGCCUCUGCUGUGGCAGCAGCCGUAUGUUCCUGUCCUGGCCAGAGGCAUGCUGGACUUCCUCAUGGCUCCUACGGCGUUCCUCAUGGGCUGCCACCUCAGCCAUUUUGAAGAGGUUGCUAUUGAAACAGAUGAUCUGAUCCUAAUCAACAUUGAUAACGGAAGUGUCUCCACUUCUUGUUCUGAGACUCUUGACCUCCCAGAGAUUCCUCCGGCUGCUGCAGAAUGCUUCACACAGAGGUGUCAGUCCCUGCAGAUACAUUUUGACUUGUAUCAGUGCCACCGUGCAACCUGCACUGACAUCAGUGAGCAGCGAGCUCAGAGAAGAGCCUGGCAACACAACCUCAACCACGAAAUCCAGAGGAUCACACUGGAGCUGAUUGUCAACAUAUUCAGGGAUGUUAGCAGUCAUCUGAACUAUGAGCAUCGAGUGUUCAACAGUGAAGAGUUCCUGAAAACCAGAGAGCCAGCCGAACAGCUGUUUUACAAAAACGUGUUGGAGACCUACAUCUUCCAUUCCUUCCUCAAGGAUCGUCUCAACAGGAAGAUGGACAAAUUUGCUCGAAUGGAACUCAGCACUCGUUCUGCUAUGCAAAAGAUGAAGGCUAUGGUUGAGGUCCCACGCAGACCCACCAUGCAGGAGAUUCAAGCUCGGAGAAGAAGCUCUAUAGAAAACAAUCUGAGUAAGAGACUGGGGAUGAGCCUGCCCAACCUCAGAGAUGACCAAACCUUCGGCUUCCACAGAAACUCGCUGCUGAGCGGGAUCAUCAUGUCUGAACCUGUGCUGAGAACGUCUCCUAAACCGACAAAGGUCUUUGAGCUGCCAGACUUCCCAGCCUCUCUGUCCUUCCACUCUGUCCAAAGUUAUUACAGUGAGCUGAUCCAGCAUCUUGGCAAAGCCAUCUUCUCUAUCCAGAACGAGAACUCUACUCUGCUGGCCAGGUUCUACUACUUGCGUGGUAUCAUUAACACUUUGUGUUGGCGGCGGCUGGACGCUCUGAGCGAUUUCCAGAACCUCUACAAGACGGACACGGCCAUCUUCCCCACACAGCUGGUCAUGUGGCUGGUCGACUCGCUUCAACGAGAUGAGAGACGACAAGCCGACAGACGACCUGAUCUCAAGAGACUCAUCCUCAAGGUGAAGACAGAGAAUCAGAAGCUUUUGGUGCAGCCGGAUGACCACGUCAAGAAGUUUGAGCUUCCCCGAAAGCAUCUGCAUCAGGAAGAGUUUGUGCGUUGUGUUCAGGAGUCUGGGAUUGUAAAGGACGUAGCAACCAUACACCGAUUAUUCGACGCUCUCACUGAUGGCCAGUCAAAGCAUGUGGACCCUGAACUCUUCAGAGUCUUCUACACCGUCUGGAAGGAGACGGAGGCCGAGGCACAAGAUGUCAACCUGCCCGCUGAGGUCAUUGACCAUCUUGACAACAGCGAGUGCGUCUUCAAGUUGUCGUCGUGUGUCAAGACCUCCCACGGCGUUGGUAAAAUCGCCAUGACGCAGAAACGUCUGUUCCUGCUGACCGUGGGACGACAGGGCUUCCUGGAUAUCACAAAGUUCAGAGACAUAAAGGAGGUGAAGAAAGCCUCAGCUCCCUUUCUCCUUGGUCGUAUCCCCUCCCUUCGUAUCCAGACCUCCAGCAGGCUGGAGGUGUUUGAGGCCAAUCUGAAGACAGAGACUGAGCUCUGGAACCUGAUGGUGAAGGAGAUGUGGGCUGGACGCAAGAUAGCCGACCAACACAAGGACCCUCAGUACAUGACUCAGGCUCUGACCAACGUCCUGUUAAUGGAUGCUGUGAUGAGCUGCCUGCAGACACAGAGGUCCUUUCUUGCUGCCUCAAAGCUGGUCUACUUUGACAAGAUAAAACAUGAAGUACCAAUGAUGGUGCCCAAAACUACCUCAGAGACUUUAAAACACAAGAUCAACCCAUCGCUGGACCUGGCUGAACCUCAGACUGUGCAUGUGCUGCUGUACACACCAGGUCAGCUGACUUGCAAUGACUCAGAAGGAGAGAUGAACCCUAAACUCUGGGUGGCUCUCAGUGGGGGCAAGGUGGUUGUGUUCGAUGCUGCUAGCUGGACCAUGCUGCAGGACUGCAUCCAGGUCGGAGAGUCGCAGCUGAACUGCAUGCUGGGAUUGGUGCAGGAGCAGGUCUGGGUCGGCUCUCAGGACUCUGUGAUCUACAUCAUUGACACUCACAGCAUGUCCUGCAACAAACAGCUGACGGAGCACAGACAUGAAGUGACUGGACUCACAGUGGACUCCAGAGAUCAACACAGCAGUCAGCAGACAUACUCCUGCAGCUCUGAUGGGACUAUUCUUCAGUGGGACUCUGUCAGUCUCAAAGUGAAGCGUCAGUUCCACCUCAGCUGUGACCGUCUCUGCUCCAUACAGAUCUUUGAUGGCACGCUGUGGUGUUGUUGUGGUGACAGCAUUGUGGAACUGAAAAAGAGCGGGACUCCACAAAGAAGAAUGGCACUUCCUGAUGACAUAAAGACAAUCCCCAGUAGCUUCAGCAGCUUCGUCGUCAUCCCAGAGAGAGGCCAGCUGUGGACGGGCUGUGCAGACUUGGGGGAGCUGUGUCUCUGGAACACUAAGAACCACCGACAACCUUCCAAGAGAAUCUCCCUGCCGGGCACUUCAGGGGUCACCUGUAUGAUCCGAGUCAAGGACCAGAUCUGGGUGGGCUGCCGUGGCUGGAGCGGUAUCGGAGGUCAGUGUGACGGUCAGCUGAGGAGUCAGGUGUUGGUGAUGGACGCAGAGAGCUUCACUGUGUCCAAGGAGCUGCAGGCACAUUCAGACAGCAUCCAUUCGCUCUGCUCUGCUGAGGACCGCUACGUCCUGAGUGGCUCUGCACGCCGCGAUGGAAAGAUCGCCAUCUGGAAAGUCGAGUAGAGCAGUAGUUCUCAACCUUUUUGAGUCGCGACCCCCAAUUUAACAUGCAUGUUGUCCGCGACCUCCGCUCACUGAACAGAAUCUCACACGCACAGUUCAGAUCACCCAAAAAAGAACCAAAAUGACCAAAAAAGACACAAAUUGACCACAAAAUGAUCAAAAAAGACAUUAAAUGACCGAAAAAAGCCAGAAAAUGGCCAGAAAAGACACAAAAUGACCCAAAAAAAAGACACAAAAUGACCAAAAAAGACACAAAAUGACCGAAAAAAGACACAAAAUGACCAAGAAAGACACAAAAUGACCAAAAUUACACAAAUUGACCUCAAAAUGACCAAAAAAGACACAAAAUGACAAUAAAAACACACACAAAAUGACCAAAAAAAGACAUGAAAUGACCAAAGACUAAAACACAUGAACACUUUAACACAGUGGAGACAGAGCUGACUUCCAAAAUGAUUUGGCGACCCCCAGAAAUCAUCUUGCGACCCCAAUUGGGGUCCCGACCCCAAGGUUGAGAAUAGCUGGAGUAGAGAACAGAGAUGGAGAAAGCACAAGAGAGAAGAGAAGAAGAAACAAAAAGGCACAUGUGAGCACAACACAAGGUGCGAUAAAUAUUAACCCUUUGAGUAAUCAACUGUGAAAACAAGAUCAUUCUGUCGGGGGAGAAAUGAUGAGUAAAAGUGAUUAAUGAAUGCAGUUGCAGAUUUAAGUACUUUUCUCUAACUUGGAGUAUCUUUUUGUAGCCAUAUUUCAAGGGUUAAUGAUAAAAGCAGCUGUUAAAGAUGAUAUUUUGGGACUCUUCUGGAAGAAAGAGUCCUUGAACAAAUGCAUACUGUACGUGACAAAGACUUGGUUUCUGACAAAUGCUGAUUUUUUUUUUUUUUCGUAUUAGAAACCUUCUACAUGCAUAAGAUGUGAAAAAAGGUUGCGUCUGUGCCUUUAAGUAUGUUUUAAAAACUACAUUUUUUUAGGUCAACAGCAGUAAGAUAUUUAAAUGAAUGUUAUUUGUGUUUCUUUAUCAAGCACUGAGAAUAAAUUACACGUUUAGGUAUCAUGUAGUAUUUGUUUGUGUGUGUAUAUGAAGUGACAGAUGCAACCUUCUGUUUCACAGUCAGUUUUUAGAAAGUGUUUAACACAUCACCUGAAGAAUGAUUGCCCUUUUGAAAAUGUUGACAGUCAACUUUCUGUCUGCUAUGACAUGUUGAUUUUCCUUUUCAGCUUUCUAUCCUUUAUGUACUGUAAUUUAAGGCAAAUUUUCCCGUGAUAAAUAAUUUCUUGCUGUAAUUUUUGACUGAAAUCCAUUUAGUUCCACCACAAUUAUAUGUUAAUUCGUCAAUAAUGCAUUGAUUUAUUCUGGUGAAAAAUCAAAUCACUCUUUGAAUAAUCUGUUUGCACACACUGUAUAUUCAUAGACAAGACAAUGUUGUGUGCCAUCAAUUCAACUUUAAACUGGAUAAACCAAUUUCCGGAGAGAAAGAUUAAACACAAGAUACAACCUUUAAAACAUAACAACAAUAAAGAAUACAAAAAAGUU